UCAGCAGCUCGCAUGUCAAUUUGAGACCCAGAGUCGGACCAUUCAGUGCUCAGGAGAAAAAGCGGCGAACGCGGCUCGGAGGACCGUGAGAAAAGCCCCUUUCUUUAUAAUGGGUAGCUCCCUUUCACCCUAAUGGAGGCAAAAUCCAGGAGUUGAUCUCCCCAUCGUGGAUUUCUUAUUCAGAAUUGUGAAGUUUUUAAGAUAAUUUUUAAAUUUUUCACAUGUGCAAUUUUCUUGCGUUGGGAGCUAUAUUCGAAAGAAGCGAGAGAAACUCUCGGAGCGCUGGUCAGCGGAGGCCCCGGCUGCUCCGGCUUGCUGUGCUGGUGCUGAGCCGCUUUCUAAUUGUUUGAAAAAGGACGUGUAGUUUUAGGAAAGGAGAGUGCAUUUUCCCUUUCGCUGCGAUUGAAGGAAUAUGUUCGCCUCUUGGCUGACUUUUGCACUUCUUUGGGGAACUUUUUGCGCAGGACCGAGCCAUGGCGAAACCGAGACCAGGGAGUGCUUGUAUUACAACGUCAACUGGGAGAUUGAGAAGACAAACCAGAGCGGCGUGGAGCGCUGUGAGGACGAGAAGGACAAGCGCUCGCACUGCUACGCAUCCUGGCGCAACAACUCGGGCGCCAUCGUGCUGGUGAAGAAGGGCUGCUGGCUCGACGACUUCAACUGCUACGACAGGCAGGAGUGCAUAGCCACUGAGGAGAACCCGUCUGUGUUCUUCUGCUGCUGUGAGGGCAACUACUGCAAUGAGAGGUUCACCCACCUGCCCGAUGCUAGUGGCCCAGUGAUCCGGCCCCCGCCCUCCGCGCCCUCCAUGCUGACUGUCCUGGUCUACUCCCUGCUUCCCGUUUCGGUGCUCUCGGUCAUCCUGCUGCUCGCCUUCUGGAUGUACCGCCACCGCAAGCCGCCGUACGGCCAGGUCGACCUUAACGAGGAUCCUGGCCCACCACCACCUUCCCCUCUGGUCGGCCUUAAACCUCUGCAGUUAUUGGAGAUCAAAGCUAGGGGGCGCUUUGGCUGCGUUUGGAAGGCUCAGCUGAUGAACGAAUACGUAGCUGUGAAGAUCUUUCCAAUUCAGGACAAACAGUCCUGGCAGAAUGAGCGGGACGUCUUCAUCACGCCGGGGAUGAAGCACGAGAACCUGCUAAGGUACAUCGCAGCGGAGAAACGAGGCGCCAACCUGGAGACGGAGCUGUGGCUAAUCACAGAGUUCCACGAGAACGGGUCCUUGACGGAUUACCUGAAAGGCAGCGUGGUUAGCUGGAGUGAGCUGUGUCACAUUGCCCAGACCAUGGCCCAUGGGCUUGCCUAUCUGCACGAGGACAUACCUCGGCACCGGGGACAAGGGUCCAAACCUGCCAUCGCCCACAGGGACUUCAAAAGCAAAAAUGUAUUGUUGAAGAACGACCUGACAGCUAUCAUCGGAGACUUUGGCCUUGCCGUCCGGUUCGAGCCGGGAAAGCCACCAGGCGACACUCACGGUCAGGUCGGAACCAGGAGGUACAUGGCCCCCGAGGUCCUAGAAGGAGCCAUCAACUUCCAGCGUGACUCAUUUCUGAGGAUAGACAUGUACGCCAUGGGCCUGGUGCUGUGGGAGCUGGUGUCUCGCUGUAAGGCUGUGGACGGUCCGGUUGACGAGUACAUGCUGCCCUUCGAAGAGGAGAUUGGGCAGCACCCGUCACUGGAGGACCUGCAGGAAGUUGUUGUCCAUAAAAAGCUGAGGCCGGCGUUCAAGGACUGGUGGUUGAAGCACACGGGCCUGGAACAGAUAUGCGAGACCAUCGAGGAGUGUUGGGACCACGACGCAGAGGCACGCCUGUCCGCCGGCUGUGUGGAGGAGCGUAUCAGCCAGAUCAACAGACUGACGAGCGGCAUUACCUCAGACUGCCUGGUCUCCACGGUGACCUCGGUCACCAACGUGGACUUCCCGCCCAAAGAGUCCAGCAUCUGAGCCCGUCAGCCUGAGAGCCGGCCAAACGGAAACCACAUCUCUCUCUCUCUCUCUCUCUCUCUCUCUCUCCUCAUUUUUCUGUUUUUCAGACUCAGUGGGUCUCAGAAAAUCAAACACUAAAUGCAGCUGCUAUUUCACCCCGACUUCCCUUCACUUUUCCCUUUCUUUCUUCUGUGGGUUAGAAGAGAUUGUUACGAACCCCACCCUGUCCGAUUCUCUAUUUGCUUUUUUUUUUUUGUUUGUUUUUUUUUUAAACACUUUUUUUGUUUUUGAAAUUGCUGGAGUCGACAUCCCAUGCGCAUUCAGGUGCUGACUCGUGAAUGCCGGAAAGGUGCGGAUGUUCAGUUCUUUCAUCAGUAAAUAUUUUUUAUUCUUCUUCUGCGUCCUAGACAGGACUACCUGUGAUUUAAAAACCAACCAACCAUCUACCAUCUUGGACAAUACUGAAAUGCUGCAACGUGAAUGAGGAACAUUAAGACUGUUACGUACAAUUUCCUUCCUCAAGGGAUUAUAACAAUUUCUCCCCUUCUUCCCCACCCCCCGCUGUCAUUUUCUGAAGGCUUAACGAGAUAACGGUACGCGUUUCUUUGACAAAAGUUUAAAGGGUGUCCUUUGGACAUGGCAACGCAAAGGGUGGCAGGUGUAUUCCGUAUAUUUGCACGUUCUGGUAAGACUGACAUUUUCGGUUUUAAAGAGCGGGGUGAAAGAAUAUGGGAUGAGAUGGUUUUUAUAUAUAAAAAUAAGAAAGUAAAAACUGGACAGCACAGGAUCUGCGCGAUUUUACUGGAUGUGGGACUGCUUUCUCAGGUAACCGGUCUCGGUGGUUUGGGUGGGGGUGUGAAUGGGGAGGAGGUGCGAUUUGCGAUGGGACGUUGGUAGCAAAACAGAUCACAUGCAAAAGGGGGCAAACCGGAACUAUCUGCUCGUGCCGGACAAUAUCCAGAAUGCUAUACAAGUGAACUUCAAAGUUGACCUUGCGUUCUCUUGAAGUCCCUGGCCUGGCUAACUUGUUCUUUAUAGUAGGAGAUGCCGCGAGACGCUAAAUUUAUGACGACGAAAGCUGGCUGAAGGCCGUGGUGAAGGAGCAGGUGUCAGUGUGUGUACAUGCGACAGCGUGUCUUAAGAAUGUACGAUAGGACUUAGUUGUCUUUUAUGUCCAGGUUGUUGUAUUUUAAUUUAUUUAAUCAAAGUAUGUUUUGAAUAACUGGAGUAGCGAGGCAUUCUUAAAAGGGAAGCCAGCCUUCUGUCCUGGGGGGGGGGGGGCGUCAUUUUAGUACAUACUCUUUGAUCUCAGGUCCCUUCAUAUAUUAUUGUUGUUUGUAUUAUUAUUAUUUUAACAUUUAAAUUUUAUUUUAAGAACCUCCUUUUUACGGGGACCAAACUUGAGUUUCAGUGCGGUCGAUCCUGCAUUGCAGUGAAUUCAACAGAGUUUUAACGAGGUGGCAUGUCGGAUGAUUCCGGCUGCAUUUCCACCAUUAGAUUUCAGAUUUCAGAAAGGGUGGGGCAACAUAUUCCCCUGCAUGGAGUGGGGGGUGGGGUAAAUAAAUAAACAAACAAUGGUAUUGUCUUAAGUGGCGCAAGAAUCCCACAUUUCAAUAUGCCAUAAUGUAACAAUGAAUGUUCGUAAUGCUGCUGUUCAACACAAAGAGGAAUUUUAUCUAUAUAUAUAUUAUAAUAUGUGUAUUAUAAUAUAUAUAAUGUGUGUAUGUAUUCAUUUCUAUUGUAUACAACAUGCAACUUUCGAUAGAGAAAACAAAUGCAAACAUGCAGAACAGAAACAAGGCUUCCGAUGUUAAUUAAAACUAUCAAAGAAGACAAGUACUUAAAAAAAAAAAUGAAAAUAAUAGUCCAUGACCACAGACCACCUCAAACCAGAAAUACCUCAGAUUUUUCUAUGUGUAUUGGUUCUGUUAAGUAUUUAGUUGUGCCGUCUUGUAGCUAUAUUUUAACGUCAAUUUGAUCUUCAUCGUUAGGUUAGGGAGUUUUGAGGAAAAUGUCUGAUCCUUUAGGAAGAGCUACUGUGUUAUGCUGUAUAAAUGGAAAUUAUGUAAAUACCAAUGUAUGGUUGUGUAAUUCUGCCUAUAAUGUGGUACCUGGGCAUUACUGAUUUGUACCGGCUCUUUCUGUCAUUUCGCUUUUGUGUUUAAUGGGACACUUAACCUUUUUGGAAUCCGCAAUUAUCACUUGCGUCACCGCAAACUUCAGAUCAGUCCAUUAUAAAUCACUGCGUACAAACGUAUCAAUAUAAAAGAUUUUUCUUGUCUCUCAGAAGCUCGUGUGAAGACAAGACCUAAACAUAGCAUUUGGCUAGAUGAUGGCUGUGGCUUUGUUAUGCUCUGUAACUUACUCUUAUUUGUGGUGUAUUUUAUCCAUUGAGUUUUAAGUCCCCCCCCCCCCCCAAAAGUGCAACGACGUGCUUAAUUCAAAAGGUUAAUGGUUGAUUUUAUAAAGUUAGAGAAAGGUUAACUGUCCCCUCUCCUUUUUCCCUUGUGACUGUCCAUCUUUCUGUUCCUUCAUGUUGGCUAAAAGAGAAAUCACAGCAGUUGCUUUCGCCCCUUAGAAACUUAAACUUAUCUCCUCCCAAGAGCUUUACUUUAUUUUUACAUGGUGCCAUGUCAUAUUCAAUUCUCUGUCAGCGGUGUUCAGCGCCACAGAAUAAUGUGAGUUGAAGUGGCUCGUAAUCACUGGCGGUUAUUCUGCCUUUUUGGUCUGUAAGCUGGGACUCUGGACUGUCAGUCUUUGUCCUCAUGAAUCCCACAAGUGUCACUCGCUCACUCAGAACUAGGUAGAAUCAGCUGGGUGUACACGUUGGCUUUUUUUCAACAGGUCAGAGUCUGCGUGUUUUGGUAAAAAAAAACAAAAAAAAAAACUUUGGAGUAAUGCAUAUGUUUAUUGACGUGAAUAACUCGACAGAAAUGAGAAUAGGAAUGAAGGUGGGUUUGACAGACGGUUUGAUAGCUUCCCACAAAUGAAUAGGCCAUUAUUGAAUGCGAUAUAUUUCAUGUGACACUCAUAAAUUCCGAAAGACCAUGUCUGCACACAUUUUGGUGUUUGUUUUUUUAUUUGGAGAAGGAGGUGGCCUGUGUGAGGUUCAGUAAGACCAUGUAGCAAGCAAUAUCAACAGCAAUAUUCUGUGGAAUUUCAGGUGCGAACCAGACGAGCCCCCAGGUAAUGCAGUUGACCCUGCAGCAGCCAAUCAGAUGAGUUUAGUCAAUAUUGGAAGAUGUAUUGUGUUGUCACAGGUAAAGCUAUUGGUUUCUCAGGUUCUCAUCACUCUCAUUUAUUCCAUCCAGUAAAUUUUCACAAUACCCCAGUGCAACUUUUUUCCAUGCCCUCCAAUGAAUGUGCUAAGAUAAGGUUACCAAAGUGUGUCUUGUUUCCCCUCCUCCAGAGGUUAAGAUUGAUUUAAAUGAUCAUUUAUAGGCUUUAAAUAAUACCAGCAACUAGAAACACAAAAUUUCACAUUAAAUUGGCUGUGGACAAUCCAGUUACUGAACCAAACAUGACAUAGGUUAUUUGUAUGAGGAACUGAGUAGAAUCCUUAUGAGCAUGACCCAAGAUCUCAAUUUGUCAUUUACCCUAAAAAUGUGGGUGCAGCCCCUCCCCCCAAUACUGCAAGUCCAUUAACUCAAUCAGGAAGCAGAGUAAUAAAAAAAAUGAAUGCAGUUUCAAAUGGAAGAAGAUUCCCAGAAAUGUUUAUUUUUUAAACAGUGUUUUGCUUACUUUGAUUUUCAAAUGAUGUUUUUAGUUUUGCAGUUUUUCCUCCUGUUUUUGUCCUUAAUUUUAAUUGGUCACAGUAUGCCAUAAAGCAGGAGGCGGUCGUCUAAUCAGUAUUAUUGAGUGGAGUGGUGGAAAUCUGCUGUGUAAAUAGGUUUCAUUGGUGGUGUGACUUCAUUCUCCUUAGGGGAAGUUAGAACUAGUAUUUAUACUGGAGGGUUAGGGUUGAAUUUGAAUGCCAUAUUGAAUCGAUGACCAGGACAGAGGCUUCACAGCGAUACCUUUCAAUGUUUGUUUCCUCCUUCCAUUAUGUAUAUUCUAGCUUUAAUUACCAGCUUCCAGUACUUACAAGGGAACUAAUUUUGAUUCAUGACGACAAACACUGAGUCCAAGUGAGAAUGACUUAUGUUAUCAGUAUAAUAUAUGAAGAGUCUGGUCGUUGGACCGAAAUCAAGAUACGUUCAGAUUUUGUGCCUUUAUUUUUCCUUGUUAAUCUUGUUAAAGUAACUGCUGUGAAUCUUUUUUUUUGGGUAACUGUCAAAACGUAUAUCUAGAAUGAGAAGUAACCAGCUGUAGUUCUGGGUGCAGCCUCAGAUCCAGGUGUUUCAGGAACCAAUUACCUCAGACUUCACAUGAUAAAGUGUUGCAAGCUGGGUUCUUCUUGUUGCCAGGAAACGGUAAACACUAUAAACGCAAAACGGGAAACCUCUUUGUACUGGUGUAACAUGUAUUCACACACCCCUUGACAACAUGUCCGCCUCCCCGUUUUCUUGUUCUCCCAACCUCUUGUUCAAAGCAAAGUGUGAUGCUGUAAUGGCAGAAGUUAAUUGUGUCCUACUUCUUUAAAUGUUGUGAAGUCUAUUCAAGUAUGGACAAAUAGCUAUAUGUUGCUAUGGCAACUAGGCAAUUUUCAUAUUUAUGCAAUGCAUUUCUCAAAUUGACUCUUCUCAGACCUCAUGAAUUUGAAUAGAAAUAAAUCGUUAGCUAGUAAUGUUACGGGAAAGUUUGCAUUGCAAAUUCUUUGCUACUAUAUGGAUGUCAUAACUGAUCCUACAUGAAAAUAUUAAUGCUUUGAAAAUAUUAAGUCAGUAGCUGUUUACUCACUCCCUACGAUCUUUGAAGCUCUAAAUCCGUUUUUGUUUUCAUUCUGGCUUAGGUUAUUGACGUUCAUAUGGGAUUUUCCAUUAGCUUGAGAUGGGCAUUAAUUACUAAUAUAAAGCAAAUGAAGUUUUGAAUACAGAUGUUGGACCUGGUGGACAGACUCUUACUGACAGAGCCUGGAUUCAUUGGCUGAUACAGUACCUCACCUUCUUUUUUUCUGUAAACCAGCAGUGUUCAGGUUUUAUGUCACAUCCACAGUACGAUUACUGCCUGGGCUACCUGCCCUUAUUCUGCGUUUGAAGUACUAAUCUGUCUUCCAGGUGAAUGGAUCAUCUCAUUUUAAUUUGCCAGUGGCUAAAAAAAAAAAAACCGGCCUGUUCUUUCUUAGCUCUUUGAAAGGAAGCGAUGGCCGCUACAUUCGGAAUAGCUGAUAGCCUGUGCUGUAUUCCGGUUUGACUGGGGGUAACGGCUUCGGAUUCCUUCCCUCUCUGUCAACACCUACAAGAGGCUCGUGAGAAACAAAGGGAUGGGAGCAAUAAAAGGGGGAGGUUUUUUUUUUUUUUUAUUUAAAUUUUAAUCUGUCAAGAGGUGAUAUUUAAGUGCUGUUUUUAUACCAGUAUAUGUGAAAUGUAAAUGUCUUACGUCAUGUUUCAUUAUUGUAGCUAAAAUGUAGGUAGAGCAAAGAUGACUUGUACUACUGAUUUUAACAAAUACUUAAUGAAAACCAUUCUGUAAAAGACAAACUAUGUAUACAGAGUUGAGCUUGUUGCUGUAAAUCCCUCUUUUGGAUGAGGAGUGUGUCGAAAAUAUAUAUAAAAACCCAAUGAUGCCGUGACGAAAGGAGAAUUUUAGUUUUUUUUUUUUUUUUUUUUUUUUUCCUUUCCCGAUGUUCAUUGUAACAUAGUUCAUUAAUUUGCAGUGGAUUAUUGCUCAUUUUUAAUGUGGUAAUUUUAGAAACCGAGCACCCAGAGUUUGAGUUAGAUUUGCUGAGUCUGUCAGGUGUCGUUGCUUCCACGCUGCACUUGGUGCCAGAAUAAACCAGUAUGAAUGUAGAAUUUGCCCAGUGUGAAGCAACUACACCCUAAGCUGUUAGGAAGGAAAAAAAACACUAGAAAUGAUUUAUUUCAAGUUUUAUCUUUUUGUAUAUGAAAAAUAAAAUACUGAAAACCAUUGGAA